CCACCUCAAACUUGCUCAUCCAUGUUUCCCGAUUGGGGUCGGGCGCGAGGAAAUGCAGCGCCAUGGUUGGGCGACGCUAGUUGCGCAAGUUUGCCCGAAGCCAUGAAACCGCCAGGCGAUUCAGGAAUAUGGAGCGCGUGAUGAUGGUCGUGGCCUUUGUCAGUGAUACUCGUGCUAUAAAGACAAGAUUCCCAGAAGCUUUGCUCCUUCUUGUCUCGUUCACCCAUCUACACUCCACGUUCAAUUCGCCAAGACACCAUCAACAUCAACAUGUGCGGCCCUGAAAAUACCAACAGACCUCGAGGAGGAGCCCUGGUGGCCCUCAACCCUCCCAUCGCCAAUGUGAGCCCCCCAGGCAACGUAUGCGGCGACCUGGCCUUUCAUACACCUGGCAGUCCAGGCAGCGCGACAGCGACUCACGCCAGACUCACGCCCAACGAAGCGUGUGACAUGAAGGGGCUUUCCGACCUCUACGUCGUGAUCCACUCGAGUGGCGAUCUCACUAGAAGCGCAUGGGACUGUGGGCUCUUCCGCCAGUUUGCCCUCCCUUCCGUCACAGUGACUUACGACGACGAAUUUGUUGAACUCCCCCUUGACAAGCCGUUGUCGCUUGAAGUUGGAAACGAAGGCAUCAUCGGCAGGAGAGUAUCUCUCUACUCGCGUCCAUCGACUGGUCGUGAUAUUGUCGUGGCGGAAGGCAUCGUUGGCUUCAACUUCAUGAGUCAAGCAUCGCCUUCAUCGCCUUCAUCCCCAUGAAGCAUAUUCCAACCAUGGGUUGACGUCAUAAUGAUAGACCAUCAAGGUCUCAAAGUGACUCUUAGACGCGUUGCCAGAGCACGCCAAGCGUAUCAGCGCUGGCCACGAUGCACAUGGGCAUGCACUUGCAAGGGCUAUAAUCAUGGGCAUGAUUGCGGGGCUGUGAAUUAAGAGACGAGCGUCGUUGAAAUCAUGGCGGCAGGGGAAGCCUUGAUUUAGUCAGGGAAGGGUCUGCGAUUGAGCUUCGAAUUGCAGCCAUAGUAUAGAGGGCGACUUCAGAAGGAGUCAGACAUUAGCCAGGUAUCGGGUACAACGGCGUAAUGGGUGGCCGACAAAUCGAGGCUUUAGAAAGAGUUUAUCUUUUCAAUGAUAAUUAAUUAUUCCA